AUGCGAAGGGCGCAGCAGUUCCUGGCGCUCUGUCUUGGCACACUCGGGGCCUCCUUCGUCGGCUCCUUCUUCUCGCGGGUCAACGACAAGGGCGAGCCCGGAGAGACGCUCAUCGGGGGCAAGUACUACUGCCAGCAGGAGAAGCGGUUCGUGGCCAAAGGCUUGAUCGACGGCCUGGAGUGGGGAGACGAGCACGGCGACGCGGACAAGGCGGGCUACCUGGCGGACUACAGCGACGGCAACUCCAAGCACGACACACUCUUCGGGAUCUGCACGAGCGACAACCCGGGGAUGGACCUGGUGAUCCCGGUGUUCGGCGAGGUGACGGCAGGGCUGGAGGUCGUGUCCGCCGCCGCCAGCCACCAGCCCGUCACGGACGUCACGAUCACUCAGAGCGGGUUGGUGAUCCCGACCCGGCCCCCGCAGGACCCCCUCUGCUCCGGCAUGGAUUCGCUGUCGCUCGGGUAG